AUGGAAAGGUUAUUGACUCCUUUUUUCUUUCUGAAGAAAAAGGAGACAAAGAGAAUUGACUGGGUAGAGCCUUUUACAGCAUUUGUUUCAAGAGUAUACGGAAACAGUAUUGACAUAGACGAUGAGAUCAAAAGCUUCAACACUUUACGCGAUAAUAUGUUAGGAGCAGACGAUGCCAGCUCUGGAAAGAAUGUGAUUUACAGUUACUACGGACAAUUGGACUACUUGUCGUUUCGAUUUCCCACUGGAGGAAAUGGAAUAAACAUUAUCUUUGAAUGGAAUGAUAGUUUAUCCAAAGGUGAUUUAUGGUACAAACAGUCCUCCUUAGCAUUUGAACGUGCUUGCGUUUUAUUUAACCUCGCUGGUUUACUUUCAAGAUUAGCUGCAACUCAUGCUACUCGUCAUACCGUUCAGGAUUACAAGCAAGCGGCAAACUAUCUGCAAUGCGCUUCUGGUAUCUUUAAGAUGAUUCGCGAAUCUUUUUUACACGCUCCUGGAGAUGAUUUUGAAUCACAGUUUCUGCUAGGAGUACAUCACUUACUCCUUGCACAGGCUCAAGAGUGUGUACUUGGUCACAUGUCGAUGUCUAAAAUGAGUAUGUCUCUUGCAGCAAAGAUAGCUGCCAGUGCUGCUAAUUUAUAUGAGUCUUCUCUGCGUUCUUUUGAAUCUAUGGAUUCAUCUCCAAAUGCAUUUUUCGUUUCUUUAUCAUCUGCGAAGCAUCAGACUUUAGAAGGUUUAUCUUGUUAUUUAAUGGCUGAGAGCUGUAAACAAGAUUCAAAAUAUGGGCUUGCUAUUGGCUUUUAUAAUAAAGCUAAAUCCAUGCUUCAGGCUGGCCAAAAAUCGUUUUCAUGGAUAAAAGCAGAUUCCAGUUUCAUACAUAAACAAAGUACUACUGAGUACACGGAUUCUCUUUCAAAAUUUAUAAAGGAAAACUUACGAGGAUCAAUUACUAGCACAGAAAAGGAUAAUGAUUUUGUUUAUCAUGAACCCGUCAUUCGGGAAGCAGAACUUCCACAUAUUCAACCUUUACAAGCGCUCCCUUAUCUUACUUUAGACAAGUUAUAUAAUGGAAAGGAAACCGCAAAAUCUGUAAUUGGCGAAGAUUUAUUUAAAGCAUUUGUACCUACUGCCGUUACUACUGCCAUUUCCUUAUAUUCUGAAGAAACGGCGAAGCUUUUUCGAUCUGAACAGGAGGAAGUUGAACGGCAGAAUACACAGCUAGCAACCGUUUUUGCUACGUUAGAUAUUGAGCAUCUACAAGAACUGACACGUUCAGAUUCUGGUUCUUCUGCUUUACCUAAGGAGUUGGCAGAUGCCAGAACGAAGAUACUCAAUCAACAGUUUCCAGAGAAAUUUCAUAUGUUGAAAGAGAUACCAGUCCAACUAAAACGGAAUUUAACUCAAUUGGAAUCUGAGUUGGAUAAAGAGAGUCUGGAGAAUUCGAAAAUGAACUCUCGGUUUGGUACGGCCUGGACAUUAUCACCUAGCCAGGUUUUCGCGGCACCUUAUCGUCAACAAAUUCAUUCUUUUUUUCAGGACCUGGAAAAAGCUGCUUCUAUAGAUAAAGCUAUUUUUCAACAAUACCAGUCGAUCAAGGAAGAUAUUGAGACGCUUUGUGACAGUAAUAAGAUAGACGCUCUUUUUGGAUCAGCUAUGGUUUCUUUAAUGGAAAGCCCCAAUGUGCCAAAUUUGUUAGAUCUACCGGAUGACAAUAUAGAGCUGGAAAGAGAGAUGAAGAUUCAGUUAGAUUUACUAGAAGAGCUCCAGGCCAGGGUACAAAAACUUGUCCCACAUCGUGAAGCUACCCUCAAGACACUACAAGAAAAGUGUUUACAUGAUGAUGUAUCUGAAGCAUUGAUGCAAAACACGAACAAGGCUGAGAGUUCUAUAUCUAUGGAACAGCUUUUCGCCCAACAAUUAAAGAAAUUUGAUCCUUUGCGAAAUCGUUUGCACGGAUCUUAUCGCCAACAACAAUUACUCGUAGGAGAAAUGAGAAAUGCUGUUCAAAAAUUGAAGCGGAAUCCUAAUUUUAAUAGGAAAUUGGAUAUUUAUAAUCAAUCGUUUACAAAAAACAAAGAUGUAUCCGUUCGACUCCUUUCGUCAGCAAUCACUGCAAAUGCGAUUGCUGAAGGCAUUUCAAAUGGAUCAAAUUACUAUCGUUCUCUCGAACUGAAAUUAGAAGAAUUUGAGUCACAAUUGAAAAAGAGAUUAUUGAGUAGAAGAAAGGAAGGAGCUCAAUGUUUAGCAAACAUGAAUUCUGCUGAUAACCAUUCUAACUUGUCUUCCAACAUGCGAAACCUUCAUCUCUAA